GCCACGCCUCGUCUUUUCGGAGCAUGCGCAGUGUGGCAAGAUGGCGGCGCGGCGGCCAUGUUUAGUGAGGGAGGGAAUGGCGGCCAUGUUUAGUGAGGGCGGUGUUGCCAUGGGAACGGGUCCCUCUGUUGGUGUAUUAUUGCCCGUAGGCCGCUGGUUGCACAAGAGAUGGUUUCCCCUUUGUACAAAGCAGCUUCUCUAUUCCCCAAAUACAGAAGUGACAAGUUCAAAAUGGGAAGUAGGGAGUGCAAUGUGUGCAGCCAUUGCCCCCCAGGACAUGCUGUGCCAUCCUAAGGUGUCAUGGCGGCAUCUCCCUCCAUCACAGGGCAUAGGAACAGACAUAGAGCAAGGAACAAGGAGAUAACGCCAUAGAUAGGCUGCAUUUAACUGCCUUUAGUGUGUAUUUCUGACACAGCUCCUUGUCUGGCUUUAAUUUACCUGGGUAAAUUUUCUUAAGGAUUAUAUUGACCUCAAAUAUGUCGACGUUGAUUGAGGCAAUGUGUUCCUGAGGCUUUUCCCAUUAGAUGUUAAUAGAUUCUGGCUAAUAAUCAAAGCCGAAUUGACCACCGGAGGAUGCCCUGGGCAGCUUCAAGAUACCACAAGCUCAGCUGCUGCAAGGCAACCUGCCCUCAUUGCACACACAGUUGCUACAACAACAGCUUGGCUUGGAGGCAGCUGCUGUGUGCUGAGCUCUGUGCUCCCAGCUUUGCCUCAAGGAUGCCCCCAAAGGGCAAAGGAAAGAGGAAAAAUGGAGUGAAACAGCACAAAAAGGGAAAGGCAGCGGCAGAAAGCCAAGCUGCAGCCACAUCCAGGAGAGCAGCGCUGGAGGCUGACAGGCUUCAAGAGCACCCAGUUCACUGGAGGGAUAUGGUCUGGAAGGUGAGGGCUGACAGUGAUGGGCUCCGUAGGAGGCUGUGGGAGCUGGAGCAGGCAUUGGAACAGGCACAGGAAGACAAGAGAGACAUGCAUGCAGAAAUGACCCGGCAAUACCAGGAGCUGCAGAAGCAGACGGCAUCAUACAGCCAGCGCUUGGAGGCAAAAGUGAAAAGCCUGCAGGAACAGCUGGCCACCAUGCUGCAGGAGAGCCAGCACAUCCAGCAGGCUGCCACCAAAGCACUUGCAGAGAGGGACAGGACCAUCACCCAACUGCAGGGUAGAAUUGACAUCAUGCAGAGGGAGUAUAAGAAGAUCUUCCAUGAUAGCCUGGACCUGGUGCUGGACAAGAUGGCAGAGGCCAGGCAGCACUGGAAGGAGGAGGGCACAACCAUCUGUCUGGAGUACAAGCAGCACCUGCAGGAGUUCGGCCUCAACCCCCUGGAGAUAUAGCACUCAGGGCCCCCCAGGAGAGG